AUGAUAUAAUUAUUCAUCAUUCUAGCACUUGCUUUUUCUAAGCCUCUAAACCCUAAAAAAGUCUUAUAUGCUAUAAAUUGUGGUGCUCCAUCUAAUUAUAAAAGUCCUUCAGGAAUUUAAUAUGAAAAAGUAUGAUAGAUUUAAGUUUAUUUCUAAAGGACAUAUAAACAGAUCCUGAAACAGUGGUAGCAGAUUACAGUUUGAAUUCAGAAGUGUCUAGUCAACAAAUUAAAUAUACAAGAGAGCCUUAGAUCUAUUUAACAGAAAGACAUGCAUACAAAACUUUUUCAUAUUAGAUACCUCUUUAAAAAGAAGGCACAUACACUCUGAUUUUAAAAUUUGCAGAAGUAUAUAAAUAUAGUAAAUGAAAGAUGUACUUUGAUACGAAAGGAAAAAGAGUUUUUCAUGUUAAAUUUGGAGAAUAAAGAGUAAUUGAUAAACUUGAUAUUGUGGCCAAGGUUGGAAAGUAUGCUUCCAAUGAUGAAUAUAUAGAAUUUGAAUAUGUAGCUGGUUAAGUGUUCUAGAAUGUACAUUUAUAUUUAUUAUAUAGAAUACAUUAUGUGUAGGUGCAGUUUAAGAUGGUAAAUUGUUGGUGAAUCUUGAAAAAACAAAAUUUGAUAAUCCUUAUAUUCAUGGAAUAGUUUUAUAUGCUGGGGGAAUUAGUGAAACAGAUUAUGAAGAAUAUUAGUAUAUGAAAGAUAAUUGGGAGAAGAUUCUAAGUGAAGAAAAGAUUAAGGAAGAAUUAGAGAGAUAAAAAAAAUCUGAAGCUAAAGUUAAAAGAAAGGAGAAAGUCAAAUUUAGAAAUGAUCAUUUGAAUGAAUUAGAAAAUGAAUUUGAAGUUGAUGAUUAAUCACAAAGUACAACUGCACCACAAACUAAAAGAGCUGGCUUAAGAACACUUAUUACUAGUCCAUUAGGUACAGCUGGUUUAUACAUUUCAUUUUUUUUUGGAAUGUCUAUCUUUACUAAAAUUAUAUCUAAAAUUUCAAAAGUAAUGCUUAUUAUAAUACAAUGUUAGGCUAAAAUUAAAGUAAGUGAAAAAGAUAUUCCAGAAACUAAGCCUAAAUAAGAAAAAUAAACCAAAGAGAAAAGUGAUUCUGGAGAAAAAAAGAAUAAAACAAAAGAAUCAAAAGAGAAAUCUAAAGAUAAAUAAAAAUGAUGAAGAGUUAUAUUUGUUCAUUAUUAUAUUUAUGAACACAU